AUGGCGUGUGAGUUCUGUGCUUAUACCACCAGGAAAUGGAGUAAGCUGAAAAAACAUCACACGAUAGUUCAUAUGGCUUUGUAUAAAGAAAACAUUGCUACUGGUUUAAAAAAUGACAAUUUCAGAGAGGAAACGAUGACAUCUUCAUGUAAAUACCCAUCAGAUCACAGAUCAACCUCUCCAAAUUGUGGAAACGUUAAUGUCCAAUGCUCAAUAUUGAAGGAGAAAAAAAAUUUAUCAUCAACUAAUGAAAUGACAGCUGAGCUUUACCACAAUAAAUUCAAAACAUGUGACAAGUUACAGAUACAUCAUGAAAAUAAAACAGCUGCACCUCAAAAGUUACAAAAUUUAACUGGGCAAAAAUGUGAAUGUGCUCUGGAGAAUUGUACAACUUGUCAACUAUACCAUAAUGAUAAACAGAGAGGCAGUGAUCCUCCAACUGAGAUUUCUGUGUGUGACAUUUGCCAAAAAAGUUUUAAAUCCUUAUCUCAUUUGGCUUCUCAUAAAAUUGUACACACUCGAAUGAAAUGUUACAUAUGUUGCCACUGUGAUAAAAGUUUUAACAUUGGAGAAGAAUAUGAUCUACACUUAGCAACACAUUUUAGGUAUAAGCCAUUUAAGUGUGAAAUUUGUGAAAAAUGUUAUGCAGAUAAACAAUACCUAAAAGCUCACAUUAGAUUGCAUAAUGGAGAAUCAAUUCACAAAUGUGAGAAAUGCAGUUACACUACGCCUCAUCUGUCUCGGCUAAAACAACAUCAAAAGAUUCAUCUAAACCUUCAACUAGUUGAUGGUUUUGAAAAUGUACAAACUUGUGAUAUUUGCCAAAAAAGAUUUGUUUCUUUAGCUCACCUGUUGUCCCAUCAACUGAUACAUACACCUUUGCAGCUUUACAUAUGUAGUCAUUGUGACAGAGGCUUUAACUUACCAGAUGAAUAUGACCUGCACCUUGUAAAGAGACAUUUCAGGUACAGACCUUUCAGAUGUUCAUUGUGUGAGAAAUCUUUUAGCAGGAAAAAAAAUUUAACAAUUCAUUACGAAUUACGAUUACGAACAUACACUCUAGGGAUUUACUGUAUAAGUGUCCCAAUUGUGAAUACACAACAAAUGAUAGAAGCCAUUUCUUAA